CAGUUCAUUUUGUUCAUUCGUUGGAAAAGGUUGUCAACUCGGUUAAACGCUGCGGUUGGAUGCAGGUCUUUCUGCAUUUGAAGUGUGUAUGUGUUGUGUGUGUGUUGGUUUCUCCAGGAAAAAGCAAAAAAUAACAUAAAUUUCUAUAAGAUUUUUGGAAAAAAGUGAUUAAUUUAUGAAAUUGAUUAAUUAAAAAGCAAAGAAAGAAAAAUUAAAAGAGAAUUUCAACAUUGUAAUAGAAUAUAGUGGAUAUAAUUUCCAUAGAGAAAUAUAAAUAAAUGUUUUUUCUUAAUGGCUACAUUGAUCGUUUUGACAACAGCCUCCACACAUUGCCAAAUGAUUUCAAUAGAAGGAAAAAUUAAAAUUUAAUUAUUCGCGCUAGGUGUGCAGCAAGCAUCUCCUCUCACACUCAUCUCAAAUCGAAUAAGAAACAAAAUAAAAAAACUAAACAUUCCUUCAACGAAUAAAAAAUUAUAAUAAAACAAAAGCAAACUGAAAAAAAGACAAGAAAAAAACCAUAGUUUCACAUAAAACAUAAAAUUUUUACAAAAAUGACAUUGAAAACUUUAGAUGUUUAUCAUCAGCAUUCAAGAUUAAGUCAAAUCAAGUCAUCAUCAUGGAAGACAAUGAGCUUUAGUUUAUUACUGCUGCUAGUAGUAGUUUGCAGUUUGUGCAAAACAAGUUGUGCAUUUGACAUGAAUACCAAAUUAAAUUUAAAGCCUACAAAAUAUACGGAUUGGUCAAAGAAUGUAACAUAUAAAAGUACCACAGAUUACAAUGCACGUGGCAUGAAACCUUUAUAUGAAAUCACUCAAAAAGUAAUGUGGCUUUUGAUUGGUGGCGAAACUCCAAUACCAGAUGGCUAUUUAACAUUUAAAGAUUCUACAGUACAGUUGGGACCCAAAGUAGAGCGCAAUGAAUGGGGUGAUUUGAUUCUACAUUAUUGGCCUAUUUUAUUGAUUGUUUUGAUAGUAGGAGUCCUAGUGGCUUCUAUGCCUAUAAUAGGCUUAUGUUUCUGUUGCUGCCGUUGUGCUGGUGCAUGUGGUGGUCGUUCUGAGCCAUUUGAUAAAAAACAUGAUACCUGCCGCCGUGUUUUUCUAGGUUUCUUUUUAAUACUUUUAGCCACAGGAAUAUUGUUUGGUGUUAUUGUGGCAUUUGCCACUAAUAGUUAUAUGCAAUAUGGUAUAGAUGACAGCACUGCUGUGGUACGUGCCGGUAGCAAUGAUACUCAAACAUUCUUAGAAGUAACCUCAGAACAAUUGGAAUAUGUUUUAGUUAAUAAUUACAAACAGUUAUCCGAUCAAUUGGAACUGAUUUUAAGAGAAACUUCUGACUUCAUUAUUACUCAGUUAGAACAAAAGUCUAUGGCUGUUUCGGUGGGUUAUCUUACUGAUUUUCUUAAAAAACUGCCAGACUUGCAGAGAAAAUUACAGAAAAUGAAAUUAAUAACAAAUGAUCUAAGGGUCUAUGCUUCUCAAUUAAGUGAUGGUUUACGUGGUGUUAAACGCGAUUUAUUAGUUAUGCUUAACAAAUGUUCAGAUCAGUCUUGUAAGGAAGUUUUGAAUAGAUAUGAAAUUGGAAAAUUAGAUGCUAAUGGUAUCCAUUAUGAUCAGCUGCCUGAUGUCACUUCUAUAAUUGAAAAUUUAGAACAAUUAAUAAGCGAUGAUAUAGCCUCGGCUGGAGAACGUGGUAAUAAAGCUUUGAAAGCCAUGCGUAAACAUUUAAAUGAUACAAUUGCCAUAUAUACCCCACAAAUUGUUGAUGCCAUUACGAAAGCCGGUGAAGGUUUGCUUAAAGCUUCAAAUGAUAUUAAAACAAAUUUGCAAAAGGUUUCAAAAAUUAUUGGUACAAAUACCCAUAAAUAUACCAAUAUUGCUGAUAAUUAUCGUACCGAAUAUGGUCCAUAUCGUUUCUAUGUGGGCAUUGCUGUAUGCUCAGUUUUAUUAUUAGUUUUAGUUUGUUUAGUGGCAGCAUUAUUGUGUGGCAUAUGCGGAAAACGUCCAGAUGGUUAUGGUGAUGAUUGCUGUAAUAAAGGUUCUGGUUCCCGAUUCCUUAUGUUCGCUGUUGCUAUUAUAUUCCUGACCAUCUCCGCCAUUACUUUAAUUGCUUUAAUACACUUCCUAGUAGGCAUUGUGGCUUAUAGAGGUGUUUGUGUGCCACUAAAGGAUCCUCAAAACGAUGCCGUUUUUGCUGAAUUCGACAAUUUAGUUGAUCUAAAUGAGAUUAUGUAUCCCUCAAAAAUCAAGGGUAAAGCUGCCUCUGGUUCAUUGCCACCCUUUAGAAUUUCUCAUGUUAUAGCCGCCUGUAAAGCCAAUCAAACCAUAUACGAAGUAUUACACAUUAAUAAUCUGGUCGAUAUACAUGAAAUCAAUGAAUAUCCAUCACACUAUAAAAUCAAUCAAACACUUGAGAAUCUAGUGCAAGGUAUAGAUUUUGAUGAUAGAGGUGUGGAAAUAUUAUCGGCCGCCGAUAAACAACGCAUUUUGAGUCUUAGAGACUCCGCCUUAAAAGAUUUUGAUUCUAGCCAUUUUAUUGAUAAUCUUAAUGAUGAUAUUACUAAACACUCACUCACCGAAAUCGCCAAUCAAUUGCGCGAUACUGCCAAUAAGAUCUUAAGUCCCGACAUGAAAGACGUACAAGUAUCUUUACGUAAUCAAGCUUUGCAUUUAGAGACUUAUGAUCAAAAUCUUGUUAUACCUAUGAAAAAUCAAUCAUCUGAAUUAAUUAAAUUGGCUCAAGAUCUCGAUAAAACUCUUAGUUAUAAAGACCGUCCAUUCCAAGAGUCGAUACCGUUGCUGGUGCAGGAAAUCGAAAGAGCACAAGCUUUUAUACAGAAAGAUGGUCGAGCAUUUGUUAAGGCAACAGCCGAGGAUUUCACCAAUCAUUUUGCCGGUGAAAUAAUGCGCUAUUUGAAUAUGGUGGUGACAUCGGUAGAGAAAAAGAUUGGUAUUUGUGCACCUAUGGCUAAAGUUUAUGAUGCCGGUGUGGUGGCCACCUGUAAUAGUAUUGUUGAUCCUUUGAACGGUUUCUGGGCUGGUGUUAUGUGGUGUGUAAUACUUUUCCUACCAACUUUAAUUGUUGCCGUCAAACUGUCUAGUCUUUAUCAAAAAUCUGAUCCUUAUCCUGGCCCUUUGGUUGAAUCUGGUCCAAAAAAUAAACGACGCAAGAAUAAAGAUCGCCGUCGUCGGGAUUAUUAUGAGGAUCCUGUAGGAUCAACCUCACACGGCAUACCACCGGUUGCCGCUGGGGCACGUGAUACGCGUUACAGUGACAUGGCACCCAAGCAUUGGGAUGGCGGACCACCCAGAUAUCAAAACCCACCAAUGGCACCUCCAGCAUCUGAAUAUGAACGCCCACCACCAUAUUAUUAUCCUGGCGCUUCAGAUCAGGACUAAGUGAUCUAUAUUGAAAUUCAGUUUUAAGCUGAUGUAUUCUCAUUAAACAACAACAACAACAACAUAGAUGGAGUUUUCCCCCAUGUUAAUAAUAGAAAAUUAAACCAUGAGGGAAUUGAAACAGCAGAAGGCGGAACGUAAGCAAACUAAUACAACGUAACAGAAGCUAUU